ACAAAAGCACAUUCUUUCCCCACAAUAGACGAGAUAAUACUUGAUCCUAUCGCAACAACCUCCAUUCACUUGAUAUUCUUGCUUCAGUAUCUCGAUCAUGUCUUCUUCCCCCCUCCACGGCUCCUGCUUUUGCAAAAAGAUUCAGUUGGAAUUGAGUGGUGAACCGCAUGCAAUUGCUCUCUGCCACUGCACCGAUUGCCGCAAAAUCUCCGGCUCGGUGUAUACAUUAAACUUCAUCGUCUCCACCACCGACCUGAAACUCAGCGGUUCGUCACCGGUGGAAAAUCCGAAAACUUCGGAUUCGGGAAAACGAUAUGUUAAUUAUUUCUGUAAAGAUUGUGGAUCACCUCUUUACGGUGGCGCUGUGGAUGAAUCAGGAAAGCUGCAAACUGCAGUCGUCAGAGCGGGUUGUUUUGACGAUUUGGAAGUGUUGAAGGGGAAGAAACCUAGUGUGGAGAUUUAUACCGCGCAGAGGAUGGAGUGGAUAUUGCCUGUGGAGGGGGCGGCGCAAUUUGAGGGUAUGUUGCCUGCAAGGUAGGAGUAGGAGGGUGAUGGCGGACUGAGGGUGGACGGAGCGAAAGGGUUGAUGAGGUGGUGGGAGGAGAUCUCUCCACUUUUUUUUGGGUUAUUGGAUGGGAAUUUCUGCUCUGGAGUAAUUGGAUAGGUCAAGGGAGAUUGAGAAUUGGACGCAAUUUUUGGAACG